ACAUCUGCUACGUGUGUGUGUGUGUGUGUGUGUGUGUGUGUGUGUGUGUGUGUGUGUGUUAAUAAAUAGACAAGUGGAGAAGUGAAAAAAACAAACACAGAGUGUAAGUGUAGAGUUUAAAUCAGCGUAAAGAUGAAAUUCGCUAACCUGGGUCCUGAUCCGUCUCUGGUGUAUCGUCCUGAGCUGCUGCCCAGCACCGGAAAAGAGAAAUCUAACUUCAGAAACUUUGUGAACGGAGAACUUUAUGAACGUGUGUUUAACACCUACAGACUGAUGCACACACAUCAGACACUGGACUUUGUAAGACAGAAGCAUGCAGAGUGGGCCGGUUGCACUCAUGCUCGUAUGACUGUGAUGGAGAGCAUUGACUGUUUGGAUCAGUUGAUUGAUGAAUCUGACCCUGAUGUCGACUUCGCAAACUCCUUCCACGCCUUCCAAACCGCUGAGGGGAUCCGCAAGGAACAUCCUGAUAAAGACUGGUUCCAGAUGGUUGGUCUGAUUCAUGACAUCGGUAAAGUCAUGGCCUUAUGGGGAGAACCGCAGUGGGCUGUGGUGGGAGACACGUUUCCUGUAGGCUGCCACUUUCAGAACUCCAUCGUUUUCAGAGACUUGACAUUUGUGGAGAAUCCAGACAACAAGGACGAGACACUGAACACAGAAUGUGGGAUUUAUGAACCUCACUGUGGGCUGGACAACGUUCUGAUGUCUUGGGGACACGACGAAUAUUUGUACCAAGUGAUGAAGUUUAACAAGUGUCAGAUCCCUGAGGAGGGUCUCUACAUGAUCCGUUACCACUCGUUCUACCCCUGGCACACACACGGACACUACACACAUCUGUGUAACGACAAAGAUCUACAGAUGCUGCCGUGGGUCAAAGAGUUCAAUAAGUUUGAUUUGUACACUAAAAGCACAGACCUGCCUGAUGUGGAGGAGCUGAAGCCGUAUUAUCAGUCACUCAUCGAUAAGUUCUGCCCUGGAGUCCUGCACUGGUGAUCAGAGACUCACACAGCAAACAGCAGCGUGUACGUUUCAGAGCAACACAACAAUAAAUCAACACAAAAAUCACAAGCUGACAAUACAACAAGCAGCACGGCUCAUUUCAGGGCCAGAAAAAUGUCAAUUCAAGCCUGAAUAACUGACGAAAAUCAGAGAUGGACUUUAUUGUAAUAUCAGAAGUCUGUUAUUGUUUAAUGAGAUGAUUAAAAAUGUACAAACUGCAACUUUAAAGUAAAAGAUUUGUAUAAAAAGCUUUAACAUGAAUCUACUCUGAACUGUAGGAUUUUGUUUUCCUACAUGUAAAACUGUAGACUUACAAUCCUGUUCACGAAAUCUAUCAAAUAAAUAAACGCAUAAAUGAUCAAAUUAAA